AUGAAGCAACCCAUUGGUAAUGGGUGGGUGAUCGUCCGCAUCGGGUCGUGGAGUUUUGGGAGAGAUGCAGCUGCAGCAAGGAUUUUGGUUGAAAAGGAGAAACGAAACGACGAAAGAAGGGGUAGCAGAAGAGAUCAUCAUAAACAAGAGAGAAGGGAGGCAUGCACA